GUCCAACGGUAUCGUUAAGAAUGUUGUGUUCAGUCACGCUGUACAGUAGUCUGCUGUCGACAGCAGCGAUUGGCUGAUUUACCGUCCUCCCCUUCAUUUCGACCAUUUAUUUUGAUCAUUUGUGUUAAUGAUAGCAAGUUACGCGCUCAAAACACAUAUCUCUUUCUUGCUCCUCACCGUGCGCAUGGUUUCCAAUUUUUUUCUCGCAUUUCUUUCCUUAUCUUUUUUGAAGCUAUAUAUUUUACGAGCAUUACCGACAAAUUAUAGAUAUAAAUAUAAACAAAAUAUAAAUAUAAACUGUAUUUUAGGAGAAAUUAUAAUAUUUUGUGAAAUUGUUCUAGCGAUGAUAAUUAGUAACGAUAAAUAAUAACGUGUUUCUUCGUUGCUCGGUAUGUGAAUCGUGUAUGUUUGUUUGUGAGAAGAUUUGUAUCUGGAUGAAAAAGAAUGGAAAUAUGUGGUGGCUUAUUAACAAGAAACGGUCGAGCAAACUUACAACUUCGAAUCAAAUUUUCAUUGAAAUGACAAGUUGAAUGUCUACGAUUAAAUUUGGACGGAGUGAAUAUUUGAAAUAGGUCUACGAUAUUUUAUUAUUCGAAGUGAAACAAUUUUGAUAAAAUUAUUGAACUUUCUUCAAUUUGUCUCAAGCUGAUGACCUACUAAUGAUCGACCGAUCGUGGUUUGUUGACUCGACAUCGAAUUAUCGAGCCUCGUAGCAGAAUGUUUUGUUUACCGCUGAUCAUUUCUACGAUCACGCGUAAUACAUUUUUAAACUAAAUUAAACUAAAUGAAACGUGUGAAAUUCUAAACGUGUUUCUUCAAGAACACGCAAGUUUCGUUUGAAAUAUUCAGCGAUCGAAGUACGACUUCUUUCGCGAAAGAUAUUCUUUGAGAACAGAGGAAGAAAAUCUACUUGCCCACCUUAAAAAUCAUCAUGGAAACGUCGAAGAACGAUACAAACGAUCUCUACGACUUUUGGAAGGAUUUGGACUUGAAGAAUUUAACGGAAGACGAAUAUUUGGCCACGGUACUUGGACCUAAGUAUUUGCCUCUGAAGAUGGUGAUACCAUUAACGAUAGCGUACGUGACAAUUUUUGUGACCGGUAUUUUUGGGAACGUCACGACGUGUAUCGUAAUUAUAAGAAAUCCUUCGAUGCAUACGGCCACCAACUACUACUUAUUCAGUCUGGCUAUAUCUGACCUUAUUCUACUUGUAUUGGGAUUACCUAAUGAACUGAGCCUCUUUUGGCAACAAUAUCCAUGGGUUCUAGGAGUUGGUCUCUGCAAAAUCAGGGCAUACGUAUCGGAAGUAUCCUCCUACGUAUCGGUUCUUACGAUAGUAGCCUUUUCCAUGGAAAGAUAUUUGGCGAUUUGUCACCCGCUCCGCGUUUAUACAAUAAGUGGCCUCAAAAGACCAAUACGUUUUAUUUUAGUCGCGUGGUCGAUUGCGUUGGUUUCUGCCAUACCGUUUGCAAUCUACACGAAAGUCAACUUAGUCGAAUAUCCACGAGAUUCCGGGAAUUACUCGGCUAAUUCCGCGGUUUGCGGAAUGUUGCUGCCAUAUAUGCCUAAUUUCCCUCUCUAUGAGUUGAGCAGUAUUAUAUUUUUCUUGAUACCGAUGCUAGUUAUUUUGGUGGUGUAUACCAGAAUGGGUUUAAAAAUCAGAAACAGUACAAAUCAUACUUUAAACUCUGUGAUGCAGGGCGCUAUUCAUGGAGACUCGAGGCAAAUUCAGUCUCGAAAAUCCGUAAUCAGAAUGUUAACUGCGGUGGUUAUUUUAUUUUUCAUUUGUUGGGCACCGUUUCAUGCUCAACGAUUGCUUUAUAUCUACGCGCAAGAAUCUGACUACUAUCCAGACUUGAACGAGUGUCUGUAUAUCUUAAGCGGAUGUCUCUAUUACUUCAGCACAACCGUGAAUCCAAUUUUAUACAAUUUGAUGAGUAUGAAGUAUAGGAAAGCGUUCAAAGAAACCAUCUGCUGCAAAACGAGAAUGACAGGCAGGAGAAGUUGGACUACCAGAGAGUCUCAAAUGUGCAAUAGUAAUUCGAGCGGAAAAGCGCGAAGCUCAAGUUUCAAGUGUUCAGUGAGACAUACUAUUAGUCAAGCGAAGGAGAUGUUUCGAUUCACUACGAGUCGAGAAGGCGUGAAUAGAGAUGGAAAUAUAAACGAUAAUGUCGCUCGUAAAUCAUACAUGCUCAAAAAGGAAGAUUCCACGUCGAAGCCCCUUCUCAAUCGAAUGCACUCAGGACAGCAGGAAGAAAUAAAUAAAAGAGAUUCUACACGUAACACAGAAGAGAAUAAGUCUGGAUCUACAACCAGCAGCGUUUUGUAAUUUAGGUUGUACAUUGUUAGUCGUUAAAAUUAUUGUACAUAAUAGUUUUAAGCUUGUUGUACCGUUAUUGCUUAUCUUAUUUAUUUUCCGACUGUAUUGUAUAGCUGCGUUUUUAAAUUCAUUUUUACUCAAUUGUACUUAAGGAUUAUGUACUUAAUAAAAGUUCUAACGGUCAAUUGUGAAAAUCGUAAUGUACGUAGAUCAAAUGUAAAUAAGCACUGUUUAUCGAGUGACAUUUAUUUUAUAGUAGCACGUACAAAAGAGUAAAAAUCAUGCGAGAAAGGCGAGUACAUACUUUUGUCAGUCUAGAAAACUCCAACAAAGAACGGUAUCUUGUGACAAGGAAUGUCGACGCUAUUAAUUCUCUUUAUCAAAGGUUCGAAUCCUUUUAAUGAAACUAUUUUAAAUACGGUUGAUAUAAGAAACUGUUUAAAAUCUUUUAAAGCUUUCUAUCGGGUACUUUAUUACUUCAUUGGAUAUCAAAUUUUUUUAUUAGAUACAUCUUGCGCCUGGAAAAUCUUUUUCUCAACAACGAAGCAAAAUUCUCUUUAAAAUCUCGCACUAGCAAUACAGGACUAUUUAGUUCAUCUUAUUUCAGUUUAUUUCCUUUUAUUUCAUUAUUUUUUAUAAUUUAAUGCAAAUCAGAAUUCGCGCGUCAAAAGGAAAUGAAUAAAAUAAAUACAAUUAAAUAUGAUCUCUGGAGAUCGUAUUUAUAUAUUUAACAAAUAUUUUGAUGCGCCACAAAAUUAUUCAACGCGGAAUUAAAAAUAGAGAAGAAGUUAAAUGUGGAGAAUAAUUGAAUAAACGAAAUAUAUGGAAAAUAUAUUAUGAAAUAAUGUAUUAGUAUAUCACAGUAUAUGAAUAUUUAAAAAUAAUAAGUUUCUGAUAAAACUUGUCCAAGAAUUGUUUCGCCAAGGAACGGGUUGUAAUUACUUCCUGAAGUUUCGAAUUGAUUGACAUCAAGUUCGAACUUUUAAUGAACAUGGACGAAGGAAAUGUGAUAAGCUUACGUCUGUAACUGUGUAAAGUUUGUCGGUAGUCGAAAAUCAAAGUUUCGUAAUUGUAAGAUAUUUGCUCUUCAAGUUUACUUAUAAUCACAAAAAGCUAGCGUUUGUGGUUUAUUAAAUAAAAUUCCGUAUUUGCAGGAACAGAAAAUAGUUGCUGUAGUAACAAAACUUUUGGACGUCUCGUUACGUAAUUGAAUUAACCUGAUCCGAGCUUGUUAUUGACUCUGGUAAUAAAAUUCUACAUCUACGAAGUGAUUCGAAAAGUAAUAUAUCCAAUAAUAUUCUCGAUUAAAUUGAUCUAGAAAAUAAUUUUGUACCUGAUAGCCAAAUCAGUCGAAUUCUCAACAAAGUAGGAAAAUAACAUAUUUCUCGUGUAAAAAAUGUAUUAAUUUUUGUUGUAUAAAAAAUUGCAGCGUGCUGAAGUAACGAAAAGUUAUUGUUAUAGUGGUCUGCUGUCAGUUUGCUGCGUUAUGUAAUAUACAUUCCAUUCUUCUGUUAUGAAGGAAAAGAGAAGGAAGAAUUGGAGAAUAGAAAAGUCUCCUCACCAAAUAAAUUUUAUAAAAGCAAUUUCUUGAAACUAUCUUUUUAAACUUCUAUUCAGAAGACACUUGAAAUAUAAAACAGCUUGUUUAAAACAAAAUUGUUGGAGGACAGAAAAACUCAGGUGUAUCUGAUUUUAAGGUGACGUUGUAAUUAAAAUAGUUUACAUCA